AACAGGUUAUCAUCGUUUCUCCAACAAUCCGACCUCCGCAAGUUCUGCCGUUCCGAUUGUCAUCGUAUUUGCGUGUUUUCUCUAUGCGCAAGACUUGCCCACUGUUCGUGGUCGUUUUGUGGGUUCUUCUUCGGCUGUUGUAGUCACAACACGAAAACAUUUUCGUGGAAAUCGUUGUACAAUUCGUUUUGUCACCGCCUUACCGAUAACGUAUCCAAUUUUUGAAUCAAUAAUCACCGUCGUUUCUCUCUUCGAAGUUUCCGAAUCCGGUUUCCUUUUUUAAAACGCAAUAGGUAGCUGUCAUUAACGUUACAUUUGUUUAUUAGUGUAUUGUUCUAUUUUUCUAUAACUCGUUCAAGUCAUUGGAGGAAGUGUUUUUCAGCUAAAAUAGUUUUUUUUCACCUGAUCAAUAAUGUCUGAAGGCGACGCUGGAACGGAUAGUGAAACUAGACCGAAGGGUGUUGAGGCGCUUAAACAACAUGUUAUCUCACAUAAAGUAGAAGUAUCUCUCUGGUGUACAAGAUUGGCAACAAUUAUUUUUACAUUUGCAUACAUUCUGCCACUUUUCUGGAACCCAGCAAGUGCAUAUUAUAGAAUUUUAUUGGCAAAUGCAGCUACAAGUGCAUUGCGUCUUCAUCAACGUUUGCCAGCCAUGCAAAUUUCUUUACAGUUCCUGACACAAUUAUUCAAAGAAGAUAGCUGUCAUUACCUAUUGUACUCGGUGAUAUUUUUAUAUGUGUCGCCUAAUAUUCUUGUAAUCCUGCCAGUAUUUUUAUUUUCAACGGUGCACUUUGCAAGCUAUUCACUGACUUUGCUUGAUCUUCUUGGUCAGAACGCAUGGUGGGGUGCACGGCUAUUGAUUUCUUUGGUUGAGUUCCAAUCACGAAGUAUCUUGCGCGUUAUUGCCUUCUCUGAAAUCUUAGUUAUGCCACUCACAUUAAUCAUGUCAUUCUUCGGCCGCUCUGGAUUGUUGUCUAUUGUGUUCUACUAUCAUUUCCUCACAUUACGAUAUGCUUCACAGCGUAAUCCACACACAAGACUCAUGUUUUCUGACCUUCGUGUAGCAGCUGAAAAUUUUGCAAACAGAUCAGGCACACCAUCAUUUUUGCGAUCUGCUAUUUUGUCGGGUAUUGCUACCAUUAGUCGGAUGGCUCCCGCGGUGCCACAAAAUUAAUAAUCUGACUUAUUCAUUGUCAUUAUUAUAUUUUUAUUUAAGUGCAUGUUGGUGGAAUUUGUCUAACACGUGUUUCAUUAGACUUAGAGAUAUAGGAUUUCAUUUGGAUACCUACCAAAUGUAUGAGAAAUAUUGCUUGGAUUUUUAGCAAUAUUUAUUAUUAUUGUUUUAUUUUAUUUGGUUCUGGUUCUUCAAUAUAAAAUAAAAUAAAUAUUCAAAUUGUAUUUUAGUAUUUAUAUUCAAUAAUUUGUAUUUAUAGUAUUUUAUUGUGGUCUAAAGUAAUUCUAUAUAACUUUAUUAUUUUAAAUGUGUUUUACUUAAAGGUUUGAAUGUUUGCCUUUUUGUUUUCAAAAAAUGCAUUUGAACAAAUAUAAUUUAAAUUACUUUAAAAUAAGUUUACUUUUAUGCGUGCAUAAAGACUAAAUAGUGUAUUAUCCCUUUUAUAAAUUAAAAACUAACCAUAUUAAAAUUAAAACUAAUAUUUUUUCUUAAUUUUUAAGUGUUCUGUGAUUUAAGAAAAAAAAUUGUUUGUUUUUUUUAUGAACAUAGUAUUAUAAUUUAUAAAUGAUUUAUGUAACCUCCAAGUAAAUAAGAUUAAUUUAUCAGCUAGAUUAAAAUAAAAUGCAUUUAAGUUUGACUGACAAGUACAACUUUUAAUAUUGUUUAUAGAUAAACAUUAAUAAAAUAAUUUAAUUUCCGGAACUUUCUACUUUAUUAUCCAUAUUAUUCUACAAGGUAUAUUUAUAUUAAAUUUUAUCCAUGAAAAUACCAGUUUAUAGCCUAAAAAAUAUGAUUCUAAAUUUUUAAAUCUUGUAUUUAAUUUAUUAAAAAAAUAUAUUCACUUAAACACCUACAACGUUGCCAAAUAUAACAAAUACUCGUGUAAUGAAUUGUAUGUAUUGAAAUAUGAUUUUUGUUUAUUAAGUUUAUUAUAUGUGUACACAGUAGGUAUCUACGUGAUUAGGUACUUGAAUAUAAUAUUUCGUGUUAGAUGCUAUGUAAAGCAAAUAUUUGAUAAAAUUAUAUUUUAAGCACUUAAGUUUACUUUAUUUAUGUUUCAAAUUCACAAACAGUAAUAAAUUUAAAUUAAUUUUAUAUAAAUCAUUGUUUUUAUUCUUUUGUAAAUACAAAUUUUGGCCUGAAUAAAAUUAAGGUUUUGGUUAAUAUUA